AUGUCUCGCCUGACAUCUGUCGUCACGGGCACCGAGGCCAAUACUCUUGGACCCCAAACACCAGCCCAAUCCUUCUACCAGCAGUAUGCCAUCGCAAACGCCGCUGAAGAUCUGAAUACAGCGAAAUCCCCCCGUUCUACGCCGACCAUGCGGUUUUCCACAACCAAAAUGUGCGGGAAGCUCUCGCACAACUUUGUGAAGGUUCGUGAGAUCCAAAAUGACGACGGCAGCGUGGAUCUGGUAUCUCAAAUUACUCGCCAUAUCUGGCCCCCCGGAAACGAAAGCGACAAACCCAGCGUCAGCGUUCCUCUGUCCAUGGUCUGCAACAUCGGUCCCAACAAUGCGCCAGGCACGGUGGGUGGCCUGCAGUUCAACGAGGUCUGGCUCUACUGGGAUACCUAUCUCCUGCAGCCGUACCUCCCGGCCGACUCGGUUGUUUUCAGCUCCAAGAACUUAUUCGACCAGGAUUGA